UUGGACUCUAGUAGCGUUGAGUCACUUCGCGCCGCGUGGACAAACCAGGACUUGUACAUAGACCAUCUCGAAACGUUGAACAAACAGCUGGAAGGUAUUUACGACAAAGUUACAUCGGCUUGGUAGCGUCGUGGUCGGCGUCUGUUCGACACGCGACCUCAUCUGUGCAAACUUUUUUAGUUACUUAUAUCGACAAUGCUUUAACUAAAAUAUCUAGUGAUACUGUUACAAUAUGUUUGAAUUGUUACUGUGAUGUUGAAUUGUUAGUUAUAUCAAAAAAGAUAUGUGAUUCGGGGUGUACUUAGGUGAUAGUUUUACGAGAAGAAGGUGUAAUGCUGUGUCAGAGCUUAUCAAGUGGAGUGAUCAGUGGAAGUGCAAUGUAUCUUUGCGGCAAGGGCUCAAGUGCGUACUCCAGGUUAACAUGGAGCGGUGACACCAGUGCUUUCGGAGUUAUCUUACCAUCAUAUAGGAGUAAAAUACAUAACACUCCUAGUUACCAGCAUGAGAAAUGUAUUAAUUUGUACAGGAAGUUUGGAAAAAGCGAAAGAGAUAGAAGAUAGGAGUAAACAACAAUAUGCAGAAUCACAACACAGAGAGAAGGUACUUGUUAGGCGAUUAGCCGCUAAGGAACAAGAAAUUCAGGAUUAUGUAAGUCAAAUAAACGAAUUGAAAUCAUCACAUGCGAGUCUCCAAGGUCGGCCGACACUUCUAGACCCGGCUGUAAAUGUAUUAAUAUUAAGAUUAAAACAAGAGCUAACCUCGACAAAGGCGAGGUUAGAGGAGACACAGAACGAACUGUCAGCGUGGAAGUUCACUCCAGACUCAAAUACAGGGAAGAAACUAAUGGCUAAAUGUAGACUUUUGCAUCAGGAGAAUGAAGACCUAGGCAGGAUGACCUCGAGUGGCCGGAUAGCUAAGCUUGAAGGUGAUCUUGCGUUACAGAAGAGUUUUAGUGAGGAAGUAAAGAAAUCACAAUCAGAAUUAGAUGAGUUCCUACAAGAAUUAGAUGAAGAUGUGGAAGGUAUGCAGAGCACGGUGUUGUUCUUGCAGCGCGAGCUGCGCGCGCACACCGCGGUGAACGGCAACCGAGCAUGCUCGCCGGACAAGCGCGCGUACUCGGGCAGCGAGUGCAGCGACGCACCGCGCGGCAAGCGGAGACGAGCCUCCGUGCUCUCUCUCGACUACAAUGAAGAAGAGGAACCGUUGACAGUGACCAAUGGAGAUGCGGACUAGCCCAGGAUCCAAGUGUUCUACACUACUCAUGAACUAGUGGAAAAUGUGAAUUAUCUUGUUAAGUUUAACGGAUUUGUUGCAUGGAAUAUUAUCGAUGAAUAAAUUUGUGAGUGAUAUUCAUGAUUGAGGUGAUUUGUGUCCGGUCACUUUUGUGAAUGCUUCUCAAUAGUGUAUCAAAUUAAAAAACUCACGUACUUUAAUUCGAAGACGAAAUUAACCAGACAUGUAUGUGUCGUCAGUUGACAUGGAUUUGUGUAAGAUGGUGUCUGAUGUGGUUACGAGACAAACGUAAUGGUAAAACUAUAGUUUGCGUUUGAAGCACAACAGUGGACCAUGUGAUCAGAUAGUGAAUUGUUUGACAUUGUUUUUUAUAUACUUGAAAGAAUAACUAAACGAGACACUGAGUUGACAUAUAAUUUAUUUAUGUUUACAUUACUUGUGAUAAAUAUAUAUUAAAGGAAUAUAAUAUUUGAGCAACAAAAAGAUAAUUGUAUAUUGAGUUGCUGUAUAUAGUUUUUUACAAGCCGUAAUGGCGACUGCCAGGAUUUAGCCGUGAUCAUCACAUUUUAUUUCAUGCCACAUUUUUUCUUUUUAAUUUUGUUUAUUGACUAUUAAAUAUGUUUCUAUUUUGAAAA